AUGGAUAAAGCAAAAAAAACACGUGCUGUGUUACGAACGGCGUUUACACGUACGUACAAUCACCUCCUAACCCAACUGCAAGCUGAACAGCCAGAUAAAGAACAAGUCAACGCACUGUUCAUGCUUUUGAAAGAGAAGACCAGUGAGUUGGAGGACGGUGACCAGAGGUUCAUCAACUUGUUGUACGAGGAAAAUGUGUCAGAAGAGUUACUGGGCAAUGAGAUUGAGUCCCAAGAUGAGUACAAGCUGAAAUAUCAUCACGUAAAGCUCAGAGUUUCAGCACUCUUGGAACCCCCAGCAGAGUCGACAUCUCAACAGGGCCCUCAAUCACAUAACCUCUCCUCGACGAAUCACUCGGUACUGGACAACAAACGCAUCAAGCUACCCAAGAUUGACCCUCCCAAAUUUAGUGGACAGCUGAAACACUGGCUUUUGUUCUGGGGUCUAUUUAGGCCCAUUCACGAAGACGUUACGAUUACCAAAGAACAAAAGUUUCGCUACCUUGCACAGGCAAUGGAGGAAGGCUCUGGUGCAGCUGAUCUCGUCACCAGUUUCCCCCCUACAGCAGAGAACUACGACAAGGCUGUAGAGGAUUUGACAAACCGUUACGGUAAGAAAGAAUUGCUCAUAGAAAUGUAUGUUAGAGAGUUGUUGUUGCUAGUGCUCCACAAAGCAGUCCCUGGUUCCCAUCAAAGCAAACUCUCGAGUACAUACGAUAAAUUGAAGACGCAUCUGAGAGCGCUAGAGUCCUUGGGAGUCACGACAGAUAUGUGUGCAGCAAUGCUGUACCCACUGGUGGAAUCAUCUCUCCCAGAGGAGCUGCUCAGAGCCUGGCAAAGGCACUCAACGACUCUAGACAUUCCAGACACCAAAGCCAGACUCGACAAAUUUAUGGAUUUUUUGGAGGCUGAGGUAGAAGCGGAACAGAGGAUUUCCAUGGCCAUCGAGGGUUUCGGUUUGAAUGCUGGAUCCAAGAAAGAAGCAAACGACAAUAGAGACAAACCAAAAAAGAAGACGAAAGAUGAAUCGAAGCCAGUGGCCACCGCAGCCAGUCUACUGGCAACAAAAAGUACUUCGGCCCCAGUCAACUGUCUUUUUUGUGACGAAACCCAUGCCAGUGAAACUUGUGCAAAGGCGAAGAAGAUGAGUCUUGUAGAGAGGACUGCGAAAUUAAAAGAGAAGAACGCCUGUUUCAAGUGUCUGAAGGUUGGACACAGUUGUAGAACUUGUCGCUACAAAGACAAGUGUGGAUGGUGCGGAAAUAAACAUGUUUUAUUGAUGUGUCGUCAGAUGUCCACUCUUUCUUCAGGAGAAAGUAACACGAAGCCUGCCGUGACGGAGCAGAGUCUCGCCAAUUGUCAGCAGACCCAAGUGUUUUUCUGCAAACGCUCGUCGUAA